AUGUACAACCUAAUCCGUUUCCCAGCGCACACGAACACCAUACCGCUGACCCGCCUUGUCUUCAUUCCGAAAGCGCAAGAGGAAGCUCUGUGUGCCGUGAGUGGAUGGGAUACGACAACUGACACGGCCUACCACUUAUUGUGGCGCCGCAACUUCCAGCGAAUGUACGGGAGAGAACCUACAGCCAACCCUGGAAUAGAUAAAUCCUCUCCUCGAACUCAGCCCACAACCGCUAGAACAAAGCCCGCGAAAAGCUCUAAGAGCAGCCGGUCGUCCAAUCAGAAUGCGCGAAAGCGUGCGCCACGACCUGAUUCACUCCCGGAAUCGCAGUUCCACUCGCAGAUCUUCGGAGUACAUUCCUGGGAUGACUCCGUGCCCGAUACACAAGCAGAGUCCUAUACACACACGAGUACACAUACACAUGCACAUACACACACACAUCCUUUUGUACAUACACGCACACAUACAGAUGCAUAUACACGAGAAAGGCCCGGUGUACGUACACAGAGGCAUACAGCGGGUGAACAGGGGGACACAGUUGAUAAGCAUGGAAUACCCGCACGCUCAACCACACCACCACACGCCCACGCACACGCACACGCACACGCACGAACGCAUAUGCAAUCGCAGACGUUUCUGUCGUCCCAGGGAUCAGAUAACUCAUUCAAUGUCACGGACUCGUCUCAGGGCAACAGCUCGCCGCAGCACUCAGGUCACUCUUCACCACAGACACUCUCUCCACCCAAACCUGCACGCACAGCACCAACAGCAACAGACACACACACACUCACACUCACGCACACACACACGCAUGCACACAAUAGCAACAGCAACAACAACAACACCACCAACACCAACACCAACAAGGCAGACACGCACACACAUACAUCAGCAGGUGCUUCCACACGUGGUAGGGCUAUGAACAAGCCUAGAGCCAAGGCCCAACCGGGACGGGCGGAAGCAGCCAGAUGUAUGGAGGACCACAGUCGAGUGAAGAGGAGAGAGCAUCGUAUGGGCCGUAUGCUAUACCCGCUGUCACAAGUGGAGUCUCUGGAUUAUUCACCCCAGGAGCCGUUAGGUGGACAUGACUCACCGCCACCCAAUCAGAGUGCGCAGACUUUAAAAGCGGCCAAUCAGGAGGCACGGAAACGGAAGAGGGGCGUGUCUCCGUUUUCGUCCAUGUCUGAGUCUGAGAUGUUAGCAUCUCCGGCCGCACAGAAAGGGCGGCCAGUAGAAAACGCCCACACACGCACGCACGCACAAGCACACACGAGCACAAGCACGCAGGGAGAUGUGUUGAGCACGGAUCAGCAAAGUACACGUGCAAGGAGAGGUACGCCUCAGGCUAGUAAGAAGAAAGAGAUCAACCGCCGCCGAACCUCGUCUGAGAUGUUCGGUACGUUGAGCUUCGAGAAUGUGGUAGAGAAUGGCAGCGAUGUGAGUGGCCAUAUUAGCAACACACACAUGCGUGCCAAUGCACACACACAUACGCACACACGCGCACGCACAAAUGCUCAGCCAGACAUACACGCACAUGCGGACGCGGAUAAACGCGCGGGCGCAACGACACAUACGGCGCAGGCGUCUGCGAGAGGCGCUCAGGAGGACUCGCCGCCACAGUCGCAGUUUUUCUCGUCGCAGGUGUUUAGUCCGACGCGCGGGUUUGACGCAGAUUUCAGCGUGAACUGGCAGGACACGCCGCCUGCCCAGAAGGUACCCAGAGAGCAGGGGAAGACAAUUAACCAGGAACUGAUGUGUACUACCGACCGCUCUAUCGCUGGGCAUGUGGGAUCUGGCAUACCGCAGAGUGAUCUGAGUGACUCAUCGCCGUUGUCACAGGACUGUGUAAGUAGCGGGGAUGAGGAUGCGCUCAACACUAGCAUACAUACACGCCACUCUGCACACACACACACACAUACACACACAAACACACAUACACGCCGGACCACAAGCAGUAAUAUGUACACGCACACGAGUAAGGUCCCAGAAAGCGCGAGCGUAGCUGAGGAAUCUGAGAAGACAGCCGAAUAUCGGGCAAGACAAAACCAGCCGAAGUCACGUGAUAGGGAUGGGCAGGGCACACGGCCAAUAACCCUCGAGAGCAGUGAUGGAGACCACGAACACGUAGCUACUGGUGAGUAUGUACGCGGACAGACAGGCACAAACACCUUCACAGAGGCCCGGGCGUCUACAAGCACGCGUGUGCGCGAGAAGACCUGCGAGGAUGCAAGCGCAGGACUAAGGGGUGGCCAGCCAACACGUGACGAGACCCAGGCAGCAACAACGGAAGGACGGGACGAGGGCCAUAUAGCAGGCACACACACAGGCACAUACACCGCUGCAGAGCCGUCUAAAGCGCGGGCACCGGUGGAUGUGAACGCACACUCACACUCACUCAGUACACAGUGCGCGUUGCUUAGCGACGGAGCGGACGACUUUAGUGCGAGUGACGAGGAGAUAGGCAUCACGCCUGUACAGGCACGCGCCACGCAGGGCACGCGGUUGCCACGUGUGUCGGGUGAGGACCAGCCACACAGCAGGGAUGUGUUGUUGUCAGAUGCGAGCAUGGCGGUUGGAGCACGCGGAAAACAGCGCGUGGAGGGUUCAUUGGAGGAGGGUGGCGCGCGCGAUGGGAAUGGCGCGAUUUCAUUGGACGAGAAUGCGAGUGGUGCCAUGAGUAACAGGAGGGCGCAGAGGACCAGUAGUGCGACGUUGGGACAGAGUGACAGGAACAACUCCAACAGCACACACACGGACAAGACACCCGCCCCGGAGAAAACGGGACAGGGCCGCGAGGAGCCUCACCCACUCGCCAGGGACCAAAACAUACCCACACACCCGCGCACGAGGCAUACAAUGGGGUCUGUAGAUAUGUCAGAGACUUCGCAUACGACAGACGAUAAGCAUCUGACUCAUUGUAAUGAGAGGGUCAGUGGUACACAGAGGGGAUCGCACACAGCACCCACCGGUCCUAUCGUCCAGGUCCAGGACAGGGAAGGAGAUGGUCUCGAUAGGCACGCUGGCCGAACCUCGGCGGGAGAGGCAGAUGCUGGAAAUGCACGUGCACACCAGUCAGAGACCUAUGCUGUGGAGGUUACAACCAGGUCCACAGCCAUACCGAGCAGACCUUGUGGUUUGGACAGGAGUUAUGUUAUAGGGGGGCUAGAUAACACGGACGCAGGAUAUAGUAGGGAUGGCUGCCCUCAGGCUGAGCCUAAAGGGUCUGGACGCGGCUUAGAUAACCCGGUAGAGUUAGAUGCCGAGGGGACGUUCACGAAGCACGCCUCUCAGCCAAUAGAAAGCCAGGAUCUAUUCACAGCCACGCAGCAGCCAAUGAGAUGCGAGGAUUUUUUCACGUCCACCCCCCUGGAUGUGCCGGUGCAAGGCGCAUCUGAGAGUCACCUACACACGGAGAAGGGUAGUCAGGAGGAACUGAGCAUGAUGUCCGGCAUUGCCGUUAAAAAGGAAGCCAGCGCUGAGCCACACCACUUCGACCCGCUUUCGCAAGACAUGCCCAGCAGCCGGUCUGAAAGAUUGGUCUGUCCAGCGCACUCCACCGGUCGUAGAAUAAAGUCUGAGGGCAGGGAUGCGAAUAUCAAAGAGGAACAGCUCUCCCCCUUGAUCUUCAAAGCCAGCCACGCUAAUAGUGCGCACGGGUGCCCAUCGCCCGCCUCCAUGGCCAACGAGAGGGACCCAUUAGACGAGAUACUGACACACACACAGCUGCAUGCACAGACACAUGCACAUACACUCACACAGACACAUGCACAUACACGCACACAUAUCCUUCACUCCACACACAUGCCUACACGUAUGGACAUCCAUAGACCAGAACACACACACACACACACACACACACAUACACCGGCGCGGAGAGGUGGGGUACCGAAAUGUUCUGCUGAGAAGGGCGAAGACCCAGAGGACGAGUCUACCAUGUCACCGUUUACACAGUCGCAGCCAUCGCAGCCGUCUUCAAAGUCGCUUUCAUUCGAUGCCAUGGACAUACAAGCAGCACUGCGUCAGUCCUUCAAUGUGUCGGGUAUUGCGAGUUCACAUUCUCAGCCAAUAAACAGCAGACAGUCAAACCACCAGUCAGGUAAGCAUGCGGCCAGUCAGCAAUCGGGUGUGUCACACACCUCACACGCCUCGGACGACGUAUCAUUCCUGCACAUCAAUGCGGGCCAGGGCAAACCUCCACAGCACCAAUCUGGAGCGAGUCUACAGUCACCGUCACAGUCCCAUACUCUCUCACGUCCACACUCGAGCACGCACCGAGUUUCUGGGGAAGUAGUAAGUAGUGUUGAGUAUGGCAGUGUGCGGCUAGGGAGCGUGCCUGAGAAGUUGGAGAGUGCGCAUACGAGUGUUAGGGAUGCAGGCAACACACACAGUGACGACAACAACAACAACACUAGCAGCAACCAAGGUGUGCAAAGCAACGUUUACGAACAACAUCACAAAGACGACAACAACAACACCACCACUAGCAGCAACCAGGGUGUGCACAGUAACGUUCACGAACAACAUCACACAGACGACAACAACACCACCACCACUGGCAGCAACCAGGGCGUGCAAAGUAACGUUCAUGAACAACAUCACACAGACGACAACAACAACAACACUAGCAGCAACCAGGGUGUACAAAGUAACGUUUACGAACAACAACACACAGACAACGGCAACACCACUAGCAGCAACCAGGGUGUGCAAAGUAUGUUUCACAAACAAUUCGCGGGGUUCGUGGAUGACAUUAGGAGGCACGCACAAAGUGGUGGUAUAUAUACAGAACAGCAGGACGGUGCCAGCGUGAGUGUAGCCCAGGCAGGGGAGGAUAAAGGAAGUAGAAGUAGCGGUGGUAGUAAUGGUGGUAGGAAUAUUGGGGAGGGUAGUAGCUGUAGUAAUAGCGGCGAUAGGAAUACGGGAGGGGAUGAAGGUCCGAUGGAUAAUGGUAGUAGCCGUCAGCAGGGGAAAAGCGGUAGUCACAACAACAACGACAACAACACCAAAAGCAACAACAACAAUAAUAAUAAUAACCAUAAUACCAAUAAUAAUGACUACAACAAUAACAGCAAUGAAAAUAAUAACAAUCACAACAACAAUAACAACAAUGAUAAUAAUAACAAUCACAACAACACCAACAACAAUAACGAUGAUACUAAUAACAAUCACAACAACAGCAACAAUAACAAUGAUGAUGAUACUAACAAUCACAACAACAAUGAUGACAAUAAUAGCAAUCACAACAACAGCAACACUAACAACGGCAACAACCCGACCUUGAGUGAUGAUAACACAGACAAUGAAGGCGAGACCGCGCAGGAUAAUGCGGGGGAUGGAGUGGGGGACGACAGGAGCACCUCUGACGACAAAGCUCACAAGGACCAGUCUACCAAGCGCAGCCUUGGCAACUUGUCUUCGGGUGGCGAUAACAGUUCACCGCGGUUGAAGAAGAUGCGAGCACACGGCUCAGUUUUGUUACAGAAUGGACCCGGGGAUAUGGUUUCGGGUGCAGAUGGGUCGGUUGCGGACGGAGAUUCGGACGAAGGUAGCUUUUCCGAGGAGGACGAUGACAGCAUCGAUAGCCCACCCCCCGCAGUACUACAUAACGAGCGUGCAUCUAUUCCUGUACCAACUAUAAAUACCAGCCCAGUUGUGCAAGAGGUGAUUCAGGGCAAAAAAGGCCCGGAAAAUUCCGACUCGAGACAACCGCUGCAACGGCAAUACUCAGGGUCGUCAUUUGAGCUGUCUGAUGGUGAGACAUACGAGGACCGCACGGUCGAAGACUCGCAGGUAGGCCCACAGUUCACUCAGUCACAACACCCACCAACUGUUAAUGCCAUAGACGAUGAAAACAGCUUCUCCUUCGACUCACCCUCACCCACAGCCGCCGCCGCGGUUGUGGGUGUGGCGAAUGUCACACAUACGACAAGAACGUCCGAUACAAAUAUGACACGCACAACCGGCACCAGCAAGCCGAUUGAUGGCACAAAUAGGACAGUCACCAGUGACACGAAUGCGACUGUUACGAAUGAUACGGAUACCACACAUACAAAUGAUACGAGCAAGCAGGCUAAGCCUAAGGUCAUCGGCAUUGGUGUGGGGGCAUUUCCCAACGCGCACCGACGGACAGGGGGACCACCUCCCGCCAACGCAGGUGUGUGGCCUGAGGUACAGAAAAACACACACACAGAGAGUGAGCUACAACUACCUGUACGCGAGAGUGGUACAACACACACACACACCGUUGAACACGCGAGCACGCACAGCAGCGUGCGCAGGGGGGUGCUACGUGUAGGGGAGGGCCAGGGAAGGUCGCCGGCUGCACAGGACGAGUCGUUUGAACUCUCGCAGGAGAGCGAUCCCGUGAUAACGACUGUACCCGACUCUCAGAUUGGACCAGUUUUCACCCAAGACACUGACAUGACAGUCAGGUCAUCGCAGAAUUCACAUGCACAGAUCUCGGUUAGUUCAAGUCCGAACCAGGCACCUGCACCUAAAAUAAGGGUUAUUGGCACCGGUCUCGAUCUACGCAAUCUCUCCACGGAUCGGGUACAGUCAGAAACACACUUAUCUGCACAAACCAAUACAACCACACAACACACAUCAGAAACGGCAACAAAUGUAACAACGCAUACCAAUACUGAUGCGAAGACAAACAUACACAUGGCUGACACUACAAGAGCUGAUAUCAGCUCCGGCACUCGAACCCAGGCCAACAGGAAGAGAGUAUCUGAUGAGGAGCUAGGUAGAGAUAGCGUAGGUAGCGAUAGGCAUACCAAGAGGAACCACAAACACUCGAGAGUGAGGGGGGAUAGAGAUGUAAAGACGCACAAGCAGGCGAGAACGGUCAAGACCCCGAUUGUGAAGAGAGCCCCGUCACCUGCCAUGAGUGUGCACCCUAAAGAUCUGUACGUGCUUCUGCCAUCCACGUGUAGGCCCAAACGGGACGACACACUCAGACUUACCCUGAGCAAGUGCAAAAAGAAAGCGUUCGCCUAUUUCAUCCACGCUGAGGACGAUCUGUUUUUCGAUGGAUGGCCGGACGAUAGUGAUGGCUACGAUUCCAACUAACCAAUAAAUUUUUGAAUGCCUUCCAAAUAGCCGCCCAAUUCGGGUUUUGUAGAGCAGGUCUUCAUAUGUCCUACUGAUAGAUGUUCCAUUAUAUCACUUGUUUUAUAUCUUAAUUGGUAUAUAUAUAUAUAUCGAUAGUUUUGUCCGCAUAUUUUAUGCUAUGUGAGUUCAUCUUGCGAAAUCAUACUGCAUAAGUUCGAGCAAUCCCACGCCUACCAACACACUGUUCCUUAGCCACGUAAUAGUAUAGGACCGAUACACCAACCUGUCAGAUAUUCACUCAGCCAUUGCUCACAAUGACCCAAUGUCCUUGUACUUUCUUGAUUCUUAAUUAUCAUGGUGUUGAACAUAAACAUUAAACUGCUGUAGUCUUCGAAUGCACGAAAUGCACCACCUUCUGAAUAUGAACUCCUGAACAGUUCGUAUUAGAGUGUUUCGCACCCUAUCAAUGCCUGAGACGUCUAUGUAUGUGUGAUCAUCGGCAUCUUUUCUACUGUUCUCGUUUUCUCAGCAGGGCCCAGUGAUUGGUCCUGACAUCCGGAAGCUAUGUGUAAACAGGAUGAUAUCUACACUUUAAUCAUUUCUAAGUGUUUUUGAACAGAUCAAACGAUCUUGCCUAUAGAUAUCAUAUGCAGUGUCUAUUUUAAAACAAUUAGGUAUCUAACUUGUUGUGGAAUGAGUUACCACACCCACUUCGUGAUGCUCUUGUGCGCAGCCA